ACGUUGGGUAACGCGCCUUUUCGUGUAGGUUACUUGACUGACGAAGGGGCGUCAGUCAAAGGCCUUUAGCUGCAGCCAGGCCUUUCUAAACUGCAUGCUAAAAUGCUAAUGUUUGCCCGCGUCUUCAGUCAACUGCUCUUACGUAAAUGUUAGACACAAAAUAACGCAGUCCUGCAUUCCUCUCUCUAUACAUAAGUAGAUAUAAUUCUUUAGUAACAAGCGAUUUAAUGCAUGAUUGAAAUCUAGCUUUUUUUUAACGCAAGGUUAAAAGUAGCUUCUAAACAGUCAAAUAUUUUAAGCUAAACCUGCAGAAACCAUACAGAACUAAACAAUGCUUCACUCCUGAUAAUCACCUGGAAGGAGGGCACACCGACUUUAUCUACUUAUUUAAUUCUUUUUGCCCUAAUUGUUUAGUCCACAAGUCAUUUAACACCCAUCAGUCAGACUAUUUUAGAUCAGUAAAGUCAUUAUUAUUAUGAUUGAUUAAUUACCAAUGUUGUAAUUACUAAUUGAAGUUUGUGGGCAGUUUUUUUUUUUUAAUAUAAAUCUGAACUUUCUAAAAAUAAAUAAAUGUUAGUCAAAGUGAGUUCUUGUACAUCAACUUAUCAGCAGAGUUGUUAAGAUGACAUUAAUAAACAACUUGAACUGUUAGUUUUAAGCUUAUGUGUUACUUUAGACAGACAAGAGAGAUCCUUUUCUGACUACAACACACUUUUCAAAAUAAUGGAAACAUAAUCAUCUAGUGACUAAUAGUUGGAGUGUUUUCUUACUGGCUGUAAUGGGAAAAUAUUAUUCUUUGCUUUGAUUUUCUUGCUAUUAAAUUACACCUGGCCACGCCACAGGUAGUAAACAUCCAGAAUGUGGUCCUCAGAAUUAAAAAUAUUUGCAACAACAUAAACCAAACAUGUCCAGACUAUAAUUCUUAACCAAACAAAAUAAAAAGUAUUAGUAAUUAAACUUUUUUCUCCAAAGAUAUUAAUAAUAAAACUUCAAAGUCUCGUACAUAUGAUCACAAUGAAUUUCUUCCCAUAAAAAUCUCCAUAUUUUUUGUACUACGGACAGAGAGCAGGAAUCCAUGGUGGACCGUGUUGUCCCUGGGGACAGAGUCUGACAGUUUCAUGUUGGUUAUCCAUGUUUGUAUUCUUUGCACAACAUAUCUGUAUUUUCUUCCAGUGACUCUCCCUUGCCUGUGACUUCACGUGUCUGUUUUGUAAAAUUCCAUGAGCCUGAGUCGGUAGGAGUGUCACAGCACCUGACGAACACCGUCUUUGUGGACAGAGCCUUGAUCGUGGUCCCUUUUGCCGAAGUGGACAAGUCAUUUGCAGAGAGGCCCUUCCUUGCUGGCUGAAAGUGGUCCUCUGCUGCCAUCAGGAGAUUAGAAAAAAUAAUGGCACCAGGCUCGCAAGCCCCAUCUCUCUCUUAUUCUGCAGUAAAAUAUUAACUUUUUUCCUUUUCUGUCCAAGGCAUCUUUUCUUUAAAAAGAAAAUUGGCCACGAAAAUCAGAUUAAUUGUAGGGGUGGGGUAGAAGGUGCAGACCAAUUCCUCACAUGUUCAAGGGAAUGUCAGUCUUUUUCAAAUGUGUGUUUUAUAAGUAGGCAUGCAUUAAACCAGGGAUGCCCCGAACAGACUGAACUGUUAGAGAAUUAUUCAAUCAUUUUUAAAUAUUAUCAAAGCAAAACCACUUAAACACAAGCCAUUUCUGAUCCUUUGUUUAUAUUUUCUAAAAUGCCCAGAAGGUCUUGAAAAAUGAGUUCCACUUCAAGCAUGCAUCAUCAUGCAUUUGUAGUUAAAGUAAGAUGGUGUAAAUGUUACAUUGCAGUUCAUAUUUAAGCAAAUAUUUUUCAAACAAAAGAUUUUUUUGCUACAACAGAGCUGCACUGACACUCCUGUCUAAUGAAAUAGUAUGAUUUGCAGUCAGAAAGCAUCAAAUAACCAGUGCAAACUCACCGGUGUUUUCAGUUACCAGCUGAUUAAGCCUAGUUUCUAGGUUCCGCAUUGGGUGGGAUCACGAUGAGAGGCCCCCAUCCUGACAAUUGCAGCUGAUCAGCAGCAGUGAGAGAGAUCGUGCACAGUGACGGAGGUCCAUACAGUCUUGAGUAGAGGUCUAAUCAGCAGGUGAAAACACCUGUGAAGGUGUUUGGAGUCUGACUGUGUUUUUUUUUUUUUUUUAAUGCAGAUCAGUUUAGCUUGGCUUGUUAGGCCAAGCGUUCUGCACACAACCACAUUACAAAGGAAAAUAUAAAGACUGGAUCUAGACUCGGGGCUCUUGCUUCCUGAUAUUGAAAUUCCUCAGAUUUACAAACUGAUGUUCGGGACAUCCCUAAACCAAGCCCAAAGCAUGAAAGAUAGAUGAAGCAGUCAGAGUGCAUGAUAGACUAAAAGUUGAAGUUGUGUACCAUCAUCUGCACAGUUGUGGUCAGGGGAUGUUUUGGAAGUUUGUUAGGACACGCCAUGUGAGUUUUGAUCAUGAUAAGCUUACAAGCUGCAUCUGGCCUCUUAAAUGCUUCAUGUGCCAAAGACUUGUUUUACUUUACUCUGCAUUUGUAUUCCCAAAAUUGCACUAAAGCACAAGCAAUGCAGAAAUAGUCUUAGGGCUCUGCUUAAUGUUGCAGUAAAAAUGCUUUUUUAGAAAUUGACCCUCUCCACACAUAACUCUGAAUGAGUUGAGUGAAUCUCACGUUUAACAGUGGUGUUUCUUUUGUUGUUGUGUUUUACAGUUCUUUUUCCUGGUUCAGCCAGCCCUAUAUACCAGGCCCUGCUGAAAAUGCCACCAACAGUUUUGUCUUCUGCAGCCUUAUCCCGUUUCUCAAGUGUCUUUUCUGUUGUGUGCAUGUGUGUGUGGGUGCGUGCGAGUGUCUCUCUCUCUCUCUCUCUCUCUCUCUCUCUCUCUCCCUCUCCCCCUCUCUCUCUUUUAAAAAAAAUAGUCAUCCUUAAAAUUAGCCUGUUUUCAGAGUGCACAGCCAUGGAUGAUCCUCUCAUAAGAUUUUCCCUUUAAUUUUACUGUUUGGUUUUCUUCAGCUUUGGACACAUUUUUCAUGAUUUUAUUGCUGGCAAUAGCCCCUUGAUUGUUUAGUAAAGAUUAUUCUUUCUUUUUUUUAAGUUGUUUAGUGUUUUGUGUAAUACACUGUUGAUUUAAACCGAGCAGUUUACUAUCUAAUUAACUAUGUUAGGUUAUAAAACAGGUAUUGUUUUUUUUUUAAUUGUGGUGGUAUCAUACAAAGUAACCACCAACUAAAGGAUGGAGAUGGUAAAAUGACUGAUCCUUUUUUUUUUUGUUUUUGUAGUGGUUAUGGUAAGUGAUGAUGAAAUGUACACUUGUGUCUACACCCAAAUCAUGAACUUUGUUUUCUGUAUCUCAAUGUUUUUGUGUGCUUUAUAGCGAAGCAGCCGGCGUGAGUCGCUUGUUCAUAAAACAUCUAAUGAAAGUUGAGAGCACAUCCCACGGGAGAACUGGCUGUGCUUGCUAACGUUUGGUUCAUGACUUAAAAAACAAGUACAGGUGAUAACAUCUUGGCAGUGUUGACCAAAGUGUGUAUUGUGACUUUGAAACUUAUAACUGCUAAUCCUAGAGUUGUACAUUCACACAAAAGUCAGGGAUCAAGAUUUACAGACAAGACAAGAAAAUGGAUUUUUAUCCUUUUUUCUUUUUCUUUUUUUUUUAAUUAUUUAUAUAUUUUUCUUUUAUUUUUACUUCAGAGUAUUAGACUAAAGUGGCUUGUCUGCAAGUCUUGUAUGAGUGUUGUCGAUCUUUUUUUUUUAAAGCAUGUAGUAAAAUGUUCUUGUUUUUCUCCAGGAGUCAUUCCUGAUGAAUCUAAAGCUAUGUCGUUGCUGGCUCCAGCCAACGCUGUGGCAGGAAUGAUGCCUGGCGGAGGUCUUCUUCCAACACCUAAUCCUUUGCCAUCAAUGGGAGCUACACCAUUUGGAGGCCUUGGAGCUCCCAGCAUGGAACAGAUGGCUGCCCUGGGAAUUCCUGGGCCCAACAUGAACCCCCAGGCUCUCUCUGCAGAUUUCCUGAAACUCAUGCAGUCCAUGGACCCAAAAUUGAAUCCAUUGGUUGCUGGGCUAAACUUAAAUCCAGGUUUGAAGGCGGAUGCCUCCAACAAGGAGAUUGAAGAGGCCAUGAAGCGAGUUCGAGAGGCCCAGUCGCUCAUUUCUGCCGCCAUCGAACCCGGAAGUAAGAAAGAUGACAAGCGCAAGCAUUCCCGGUCCCGUUCACGUUCACGCCGAAGGCGGUCAAGGUCCCGCUCAAGACAUAGACACUCAAAAAGCAGGUCUCGGCGUAGAUCUCAUUCAAGGAGUCGGAGACGCUCCAAGAGCCCACGGAGGAGGAGGACCCACUCCCAGGACAGAAACCGACGCAGUAGAUCCAGGGACAGGAGAAAGGAGGAAAAGUCUAAGAAAAGGUCCAAGACGCCCCCUAAAAGCUACAGCAGUGCCAGGAGGUCUCGAAGCAUCAGUCGGAGGCACAGGCGGAGUCGCAGCGCUUCCCGGUCCCCCAAGAGGAAGAUCUCGAGGUCUCCAUCUCCCAGACGCCACAAGAAGGAGAAGAAGAAGGACAAGGAACGUGAGAAAGACCGGGACAGGGAAAGGAUGGAGGACAGGGUCCGUAGCAGAGAUGAGCGAGAACGCUCCACCAGCAAGAAAAAGAAGAGCAAAGACAAGGAGCGAGAUCGUGACCGCAAGUCGGAUAGUGAGAAAGGUGAUGUGAAGGUGACCCGGGACUACGACGAGGAGGAGCAGGGUUAUGACAGUGAAAAAGGAGAGGAGGAGGAGGAGGAGGAGGAGGAUGAGAGGAAGAGCGACUCAGAUUAUGUCUCGUCCCCCAAAGGCCAGGAAGAGAUGGAGAGGGAAGAGGUUCAGAUCUCUAAAAAGUCUAAACUAAAUGGAGACGAUCACCAUCAAGAGGACAUGGAGAUGAGCGACUAAAGUCACCCCAAACCUUUUUUUGUAUUUUUAAUAUGGGCUGCAGUACGUCUGUGCCCGAUCACACUGUUAACCAGAUUCUGUCUUAACUGUAGAAAAACCGGGUGGGGUGGGGUGUAGAUGAAGCAGUCUGGUCAUUUUUGUAAAGACAUAAGAAAACACUUUAAAAAUGGUUUUAAACUGUCAUUGCUGUACUUUUUUAAAGACCUUGUUGAAGUUGUUUCCUUUUCUGCUCCAGCUGUUUUUUUCCUGACAGAAUACUGAACAUUUUUAGUAAAAUGUUUUAUCUGUAAAUAUUGUACUCGUCAGGAUUCAGCCUUUUGUCAUUCCCCACUCAGCACCCUUCUUUUUUUUAAUUAACUGUUUUGCUUUUACUUUUUGUCAUGUUUCUGCCCUCCCAUUUAUAAGUAUACAUUGUAGACAGAAAUGUUGUUGCGAUUAAAUGCGUUGUCUUCGAUAGAUUUUCCAAAGGAAAUAAAUAAAAUGGGAUAAAACUCUUGA